AAAAUCUCUCACAUUCUCUCUCGAAUCCUCACAAAUCCGUUUCACCAAUCAGCAAAAGUUUCUCUCUUCUCUCUCAAAUCACAACUCGAAGAAGAUGAAGCAACUAAUCCGCCGUCUCUCUCGCGUCGCUGAUUCCGCUCAAUACAGUCUCCUCCGCUCCGAUUCACAACGACCUAGCCGCCGUUCCGAAUCAUUCCUCCGUUCUUCCGUGUCUCGCCGCUCAAAGAAGCAAACCUCUUCGGUUCCUGAAGGACACGUACCGGUCUACGUAGGUGACGAGAUGGAGAGGUUCGUCGUUAGCGCCGAGCUACUAAACCAUCCGGUUUUCAUCGGUUUACUAAACCGAUCUGCUCAAGAGUAUGGAUACGAGCAAAAAGGAGUUCUACAAAUCCCUUGCCAUGUACUUGUCUUCGAACGAAUCAUGGAAUCGCUUCGUCUUGGACUUCCGGUGCCGAUUGAUGUUCAGGAUCUAAUCGGUGACGAGACGAGUUGAAGAAGAAGCUUUUUUUAGAAGGAAUCUUGGUAGUUAGACAAGUAUUUUUCUAGAUCUGGUUUUUUUUUUCAGAUACUGAGUCAUCAUACUUCGUCGUUUUGAUGUAAAUAGGUAUAAUUUUUUUUUUGUUUCAUGGAUCCAAAAGUGGAAGAAGAGACGAAUUUAGGGGUUUUCUUUUUCUGUUUAAGAUUUGUUGUUGCAAAAUUUCCUAAUUUUUUCGCCGGUUUUAAGAAUCGGUUUGAAAUUCUUGUGAAGUUUUUAUAUGGAAAUAUUUGCAUCAGUUUGGAUCUUAAUGUAUGCAUAAUUUCUGGUUUGUAUGAUAUGAUUCCAGUUUUUUUUUACGGAUUGAGCUAAAGAAAAAAGGAGAGGAUAUUGAUGUUUCACCGGGAUUAUCGGAAGGGUAAAAUUGUGAAUGUGACUAUAAAGGAUAUGAUAAUCU